AUGAGCGCCGAGCCUCUGCCCCCGCCUCUCAAGAUCCCCGAGGUCAGCCGGUUCAUCAACCGCGCAAACCAGCUGCGCACAAUUAAACCUGCCAUAGCAUAUUGGUGCAUCCUGACACCUGCCGCAGGCGAGUACCAUGCGGUCAACCAAAUCGUAACCAAAAGCCUCCACACCACCGACGACGAUUGCUUCGCAUACACAAAAGGCUUGAUUGAGCGCUUGGAGGCAACCAAGACCGAGCGCGCAGAUGACGAGGCCAUUGUGGAUAACACUGCCGGCCAGGCAUACGUCGAGCAGUUUGCUCAGGAAACAUUCAGUCGAGCCGAGAGGACCCUGCGAGCCAACAAGGUCUCAAGACAGACGGCAGAUACUUUUGAUGCGGCCGCCACCUUUUUUGACCUUAUCCAUGAAUGGGGUACCCCCGAACCCGAAAUCCUCAAAAAGAUCAAGUUUGCGAAAUGGAAUGCCGCGCGCAUUCUGAAAGCCAUACGGGAGGGCAAAGACCCCAACGAGACCAACCCUCAGGUCCAAGACGACGAGGGCCCCGAACCAGUUCUCAGCCCUACCGACCCGGCGGUUCAGCAAAUAAUGAGCCCGCCAGUUGCGUCUGUAGAAGACGCUCCUGAUGACGGGGAACCUCCUAUUGCGCCAGUCCAAGAAGGUUACUUCCCACCGGCCACUGCCCAUCCGGAGCCAUUUGUCCCUUCACCGUUGACUCGGAGUCCCGGUCCGCCAGCUUCGGUAAUGCAUCCUCCGCCGCCGCAGAAUAUCCCUCCGCAACCGUCUCCUCAGAUACCCACGAAUCUACCAUCGCAGUUUGCGCCGCCGCCUCCCGAGCCCUCUGCUCCCACGCCUUUUGCAUGGAACAACACACCUAGUGCACCUCCUCCGUCCGCGCCUACUCACCAAUAUGUACCGCCUCCCGUGGCGCCAGCGCCGAGCGCGCCCGCGGGCUUCACACCCGGCCAUAAGAGCAUUGAGCAGGCGCAAAAGCAUGCCAAAUGGGCCAUAUCAGCGCUGAACUUUGAGGAUGUGCCUACGGCGGUCCAAGAAUUACGGAACGCUUUGGCGCUGCUGGGUGCUCAAUGA